AUGCGCAGCGCGCUAGUUCUUUCUUUCCUUCCGCUGCUAGCCUUGGGAUGUAACAAUCCUGCUACGCAUGCCUGUGCUUCUGCGUACACUGCCUCCAGGUCUGAGGCUGCAGAGUUCUGUGCUACAUUCACAGCUAGCUCUGUGACUGCCACUACUGGUCUUCCUAGCUUUGCUUCUGCUUGCGACAAUGAUGUGAAGCAUCUAUCUAGCGCAUGCAGCUGUCUCGAUACUGCUUGGAAGACUGAUUCGGCUAGCGCUGUAUCAGAGCCUACCACUGUUGCCGUUGCAACAACCAGUACUUCAUCUGCUGCGCCCGUCGAAACUACCACUACAAGCACUUCGAGCUUGCCAACUACUUUUGUGACAGCUACUCGACCUGCCUCUACGUCUUCUGCUUCUUCGACCUCGUCUACCUCUUCAAGCAGCUCUUCUAGCUCUUCUAUUGCUGUGGCCCCGAGUACCACCGCCGCAGCCGUUGUCGCGACAACUGCUACGACAACUUCCGCGGUCUCUGUGGCUUCCGUUGAGGCUGCUUCUGUCACCGGAUCGGCCUGUGUGGUCAGCGAAUAUGCUUCGCUCUCCUCGGCUGUUGCAUCGUGUACCAAUAUUAUACUGUCUGACCUGUAUGCGCCUCCUUCAAGCACCAUUGACUUGUCGAGCCUUCAGACCGGUGCUUCAGUCACCUUUGCUGGUACUACCACCUUUGGUGACACCUUUGAUGACGAUUUUGACCCAAUUGUCAUCUCCGGAACCAACAUUACCAUCACCGGUGCUACUGGUCACGUAAUUGAGGGUAACGGUGAAGCCUACUGGGACGGCGAAGGCUCCAAUGGUGGACAGGACAAGCCCGACCAUUUCAUUGUCGUCAAGGAUUUCUACUACUCAGAGAUCACCAACCUCAACAUCGUCAACUAUCCAGUCCACUGCUUCGAGAUCGAAGAUGCUGACCACGUCACCAUCUCCGGUCUCAUCCUCAACAACACUGCCGGAGACUCAGCCAACUCUGCCUCUGACGGCGACCCAGCAGGCCACAAUACCGACGGCUUCGAUAUCUCCAAGAGCACAUACAUUACCAUCGAGGAUACAUCCGUAUACAACCAAGAUGACUGCGUUGCCGUCACCAGUGGCUCCAAUAUUGUCAUCGACAACCUCUACUGCUCCGGAGGCCAUGGUCUGAGCAUUGGUUCGGUCGGCGGUAAGAGUGACAACGUCGUCGACACUGUGACCUUCAAGAACUCCCAGAUUGUUGACAGCGAGAACGGCUGCCGUAUCAAGAGCAAUGCCGAUACUACUGGUAGCAUUUCCAAUGUCAUCUACCAAAACAUCACUCUCUCCGAGAUCAGCGAUUAUGGAAUCGAUGUCCAGCAAGACUACUUGAACGGCGGUGCUACUGGAGACCCUACCAAUGGUGUCACUAUUAGCAAUGUCUCAUUCAUUGAUGUUACUGGUACUGUUACCGAUGAUGGAAUGGAUUACUACAUUCUUUGUGGUAGCGACAGUUGCUCGGACUUUACCUUCUCUGGAGUUUCGAUCUCUGGAGGUGGCGAGACUAGCAGUUGCAACUACCCUUCUAGUGGCUGCCCUUAA